AACCGCUCGAGGGCUGAUACUUCCUCUUUAGCCGCCCGCUGGAGUUGGGCGGGACGAACAAUUUCGGCGUCCGGCCCGUCCGUGCUUUGCACUCUUGGGUACUUCGAGUCGCGGGGCUCGAUCCCGCCGCGACAGAAUUAAUUAACGGAAACUGACAUGACUUCAUUACAAGACCCCCAGCAACUGCAUACAACUUCCUCGCCCUCGUCCUUGCUGGACCUUGCAUCCAGCCUCGUUUCCCCAAAGUCCUUCCUUUUCAACGCUUACCACAAAACACCCCCUCCUUCACUCCCGCCCCAACGUGCGCCGACGAUGGACAAGUCGCAGCAACCCAGCUCAUUUCAGCAGCUGGAGAAGCUCGGAGAGGGUACAUAUGCCACCGUUUUCAAGGGGCGAAAUCGCCAGACUGGCGAACUGGUAGCUUUAAAAGAAAUUCAUCUUGAUUCUGAAGAAGGAACGCCGUCCACCGCCAUUCGCGAAAUCUCGUUGAUGAAAGAGUUGAAACAUGAGAGCAUCGUAUCUCUUUACGACGUGAUUCAUACGGAGAAUAAGCUCAUGCUUGUGUUUGAAUACAUGGACAAGGAUUUAAAGAAGUACAUGGACACCCGGGGCGAUCGGGGGCAACUGGACCAAGCUACCAUCAAGUCAUUCAUGCAUCAACUUUUGAAUGGCAUUGCAUUCUGUCAUGACAACCGAGUUCUGCAUCGUGACCUCAAGCCCCAAAAUCUGUUGAUUAAUAAAAAGGGACAAUUAAAGCUGGGGGACUUUGGGCUUGCUCGCGCAUUCGGCAUCCCUGUCAACACAUUCUCGAACGAAGUCGUGACGCUCUGGUACCGUGCUCCCGAUGUCCUUCUUGGCAGCAGGACAUACAAUACGAGUAUCGAUAUUUGGUCCGCGGGUUGUAUUAUGGCAGAGCUAUACACAGGGCGCCCGUUGUUCCCGGGAACAACGAACGAAGAUCAACUACAGAAGAUUUUCCGCCUCAUGGGGACGCCCUCUGAGCGCUCCUGGCCGGGCAUCUCCCAGCUUCCGGAAUACAGAGCGAAUUUCCAUGUUUAUGCCACACAAGACCUCAGCCUAAUCCUCCCCCAAAUUGACCCGAUCGGCCUUGAUCUGUUGAAUAGAAUGCUCCAACUACGACCGGAGAUGCGUAUCAGCGCCCAUGACGCCCUCCAACAUCCGUGGUUCCGUGACCUUCCACAGCUACAAGCACAGUUGCAUCAGCAGCAGCAGCAGCAGCAAAUGGCUGGGUAUGGGGGGAUGAUGCCGCCGCAACAAGCGUAUUAGUUGUUACAUUUUUCCAAUUCUGAUUUGUCCGUUUUUCUUCCGCGUUGAGAUUCAUGGGAUUAUUCUAUUGUUAGCAAGACAUGACGAGAGGACUAGUUUUAGAUAGGAGAGCACGGCGUUAGACACAAAGGGUAAUGAACCAACCACGAUACUGA